AGUGCCUUACUACUAUUACAAUCAUCGAUAUUCUUAUUCUUCACAUUAAUUAUUCCAUUGCUGUGUUAUGCACAAGAAUCAGACUUUGCAUUAAGACCUUUUUCGGCUAGUCUUCAACAUCCAAAUCAUCAUAAUCAUCAUCAUACAAACAGUAGGCGUCAGGAUGGUUUUAUGGCACCCAUUGGCACAGCUGAUGGCGGUAUUGGUAUACAUCCACCUCCUAUUGUUAGACAUCAUCCACAUCAUCAAUCAACAUUAACAUCCACAUCAAUAUCUGGCGCAUCAUCAUUAUAUGAUGAACCUGAUUUUGGUAUACUAACGGCACCGGUUCCACGUGGAUCCGGUAGUAACCCAAGGCCAUCAUUUCAACGGAUACGAUUAACGAAUCCCAAUUCAGCACAAAGUCAAAAGCCACCACCAUCAUUAUCAUCGAUUUCGUUGUCGAUGCCUCAACAACAUACGUCCAGACAGAUUCAUCCACCAAAACAAACUAUAGGUUCACCAUUUGUAUUACCGGAUGAAUUCGUUCCAGUAACAUUGACCGAAUCACCGGCGCCAAAUUUUCAUCGUUUAGUUGGACUGCCAUCCACAUCCGGCAGAAUUCCACAAAGUCCUGCACCAUUACCCCCGCCGCCACCACCACCACAACCAGUGCCUAUAUCUAUACCUUCUUCACAGCCACAACGUCAAUCAUUUAGAAGAAUCAAACCACCAACACAUGGUAAUUGGAGAGGUAGUAAACCAAAAACGCCAACAACAAUCCAACCACCACCACCACCACCACCGCCGCCGGUCAUUUCAAUCGAACCGAGUCAAGUACGACCGAAUGCCGGUAGAGUGCCCAUAUCAUCAAACAUUCCCAUCAUAGCGGCUAGUGAUAAAUUAAUUGGACGUGGUCCAAUCACCGGUGCACAGGAUGAUGAUCUUUCACAUAAACCAAAUGCAUUGGACAAUGAAGAUCAUGAUUCAGGAAUCAAUAUUGAUCAUGAUCGUAGUAGUUCUUUCUAUGGAAAUCGAGUAUCACCACCAUCAAAUACAAAUGAUGACAAUGGAAUUUUGGUCAUUGAAAGUUUAUCACGAAAUUCAAACCUAUUUGAACCAAUUCGUACACGUACCGCGUUGAAUUUCGGUCCACAGUCGACUCCAACCAUAUCGACUGCUGUGGUACCAACGCCCACAAUACCGUUGACAUAUUACACAACAUAUACCUAUUAUACAACUGUUGUUCGUGGUCCACAUACAGCCAUGUUGAGCCGUGAACAGGUGUCAUCCUCGACACAAUUGAAACCAAUCGAUCGUAAUAUUGUGACAGCAAUCGAAUUUAGUGAUGGUUACAUUCAACCAACAUCACCAACAAAAAUAUUACUAGGCACCAAAACAAAAGGUGCAACAACAACAAUCUAUAAUGUUGCAAGCCGAAUACAAGUAUUCAAUGAUGAUCUUUAUAAAGUCAUUUUUGCUACCAAUUCAAAAAUGAUACCACGACCAUCACCCACAUCGUUAGCAGCAGCAGUUUCGGGGCCGGUAUCAAGUCAUCGUAUAACGCCUACACGUGUACAAAUUACACCAAUAUUAUUGGAAUCGACGAAAAUAAUGACCAGACAUCCACCGAUUCAAAACAAUAAACCGGUUACAGUACGUUUGGAACAAUUACAAAAACAAGUGAAAAAACAACUUUCAUUACUAACCUAUUACUAUACGCUGAUUGAUGGAACACAAACACAAUACAGUACAAGAGUGGAGGAAAGUUCGACAAAUUAUAAUGGUGAUCUACAAACAUUAUUACCAUCAAUGGCGCCAACAAUUGAUUCGUAUGGCCUAUUGAAAAUAAUUCAACCAAAUUCAAUUGUUCCACUUGGAUCACGUGCAAAUGGUGGAUCGACCACGAUCGUUAAUCUUGCCUUGAACAAUUACAUUCAAUUUAGUCGUAUCAAAGAUGCACAGGUCGAUAUUGUACCGACGUCUUCGUUGUCACCGAGUUCACGUAUACAGGCAACACGUUUGUCAACAAUAUCCAGUUCGAUGGAACCAGAAGAACCGGAAACGCUCCGAGAAACAGCCAAACUUGGUAGUACAAACAUUUAUUUGGAUACGAGUAUACCGACACCAUCAUUGUCGUUGUCAUCGACACCGACCAUUAUUGAACCAAACGAAUCAACGUCUACGACUAGUACGAGAAGUCGAACACCAAGUUCACCAAGAAGACCCGGUAUACGAAUUAAACUUAAACCAAGUCGAUCGAAAAUUGUUAAUCAAAUUUCACGAUUACCAAGCACUGUUGAAACAUCCGAACAGAUACAACCAACAGAAGAUUCCACCACUUUAUACAACAACAACAUGUUGACACCGACAAUCGUGGAUCAAACACCGGUAUUGAGUACUACAGUGGAUUCAUCGAAUGAAGAGGAUUCACCAACAUCAUCAUCACGCAAAAAGGUUGCAUUUACAUUACGGCGACCAGGAUCAUCUGGUGGUGUAAAUAGAUUCUUCUCUCGUCGUCCAUCCACAAAUCUAUUUAAUCAACCAAGUAGUAGUACUCGUUUUACAUCACCUGAUAUUACAAACAUUCAGCCAUCAUUAGCUUCAUCAAUCAUGUCUUCACUGAUUGAAUCGACAAUGUCAAUUUAUCCACCGGAAGUUUCAUCAUCACCAGCAUCCAUUGUUUCAUCAACACCAUCAUUACCGAAUCAAAUUGAUUCAUCAUCAUCGUUGGAUAAUUGGUCUGCCAUUUUUGUACAGCCAUCACCAUCACCAUCACCUGUUUGGCAGCCAUCAUCAUCACAAUCAUCAUUGUCUCCAACACCAGCAAGUCGAAUCAAUAAAAGUCGUCUAGUUGUUUUGACACGUUUGGCCGGAGCAGUGAAUAAAUGGUCACCAAUGUAUAAUAAUCGUAUAAGAGUUAGUAGUCGACGAUUAAUUAAAUCAUCACAUCCAUUAACAUCAAUGAUGACUGAGUCAUCGUCGAUGGAACCAGCAUCACAUGAAACGGUAGUGUAUGAAACAACGACACGUACCGUUCCAUUUAAUUUAGGACCUACUGCUACAUACAUUAUUGAAGAAGUAACCAAUACAAGAGUUGUUGAUUCAAUGGAAGAUACUUUAACACCAUCGAUUGAAGAUAUAACACGAAUUGUGCCACAAGAUAGUAGUGAUUCGACGAUUCUAUCGUCACCAACGCCAGAAUUGUCAAUCACACAAUCAUUAUCAUCGAAUAAGCCAUCAAUAGCACGAACAUAUGUUGUUGUUGAAACAAGUGAUAUAUUGACCACUUCGACAUUAUAUUCGACAUACACUUAUUUUGCAACAUUAUUCAAUGGAACCCAAACAAGUAUCACACCAUUGGAAGAGAUUAAAACUGAAUAUCUAACAUUGAGAGAACCAAUUUUGAUAACGAAAACAAUCGUACCGACAGCACAAUUUACACCAACAAAUGCUGUUGUGCUACCAAGUCAAACACCAUCGUCAUCAUCAUCAGAAGCCAGUACUAUUUCAAUCGGUUCCUCGAUUAGCGAUAGUUCAGAUGAUCAUGAUAAUAAUUUCAAUGACAUUACUCGUUUGGUUACGGAAACCUAUUCUACACAGACAACAUUAACUCAUUUCAUUACAUUAUUUAGUGGAUCACAUACAAUAUUAUCAUCAAUCGAAGAGAUUAGUCCAACAGUAAUGACACGAACAAGAUACGUUACACCAUAUACAUUGUUAUCAAGUAACAUAAAUAGUCAACAUGUUAAUGUUAUGAUCAAUUCGAAUACAAUGGCCACAACAUCAUCCUCAUCUUAUCAUAAUCUACCAAGUUUAACAACAGAAUACAAUGACGAUACAACCACAACAACAACAACAACAAGCAAUGAUUUAAUGAUUACAGACAAUCUACCUACUGAUCGGCCAUCACCUAGCCAACCAUUGACUACUCCCGGAUCGAUUUCAUAUGAAAUUGGACCAUUAGAUCAAAAUGAUUUCAUUAUGGUUAAACAACAUGAUCAUCGAAAACCGGUACCAAAUCGAACAUUGUCCGAUCAACAACAAUCGACAACAACAACGACAAAUGCUGUUCUUGAAUCUGGAUCCGUUAUCGAAUUGGAAGAUCUACUUGAUGGUGUACAUGAUGCCGGGCCAAUUGGUGAAACAAUCAAAGACAUUGUCAAAGAUAUAUUCAUAAAAGAUGAUGAUGGCGAUACUGCUGCCAUCACCACUACAACAACAACAUCGCCAAUAAACGAUGGACAACGACAGCCAGAUACAACAACCAUUGCACCAUCAACAUCGCCAACAGCCAAAGCUACACCAUCUUUGAAUCGAUAUCCAAUGUAUUUGUCACCACCAUUGCAAAAAUCAUCCAAAUAUUAUGAUUCCUCACGGGAUAAUAAUGUCAUAUUCAGUACGCAAUCGGAUGAUACGAAUAAACCAACGGUCAGUACACGUUAUGUGACCAGCAUAGAGAAAUCCAUUCGAACAUUAACAUUAACUAGCACAAAGGUGUAUUAUACACGCGAUUCUCCACUUACAAUUACAUCCGUACUAACAACAACAUUACCACCAAUAACAUAUGUAUCAACUAUAAUUGGUUCGAAAACUAUUUUGGGCACAUACAAUUCGAUUACACCGACCAAAACAACAAUAAUGGAUAGUUCGACAACAACACAGACUGUAUCAAAUAUGCCGUCAAUCAACAUUGCAUCAUCACCAUCAUCAUCAACGACGACGGUCAGUUCGACAGUCAGUCCAUCAACUCGUCCACGUUUGCAUCGACCAAAAUUGGCCAACGAUAUGUUGAAUAAAGCUAAAGUGGCACCCAUUUUCAAUACAGGAGGUAAAACUAUAUCAAAAUCGAAUGGAAAUACACAACAACAACCUAAUCUAGUCCGUAAUAAUCACACAACAAAUGUAACGAUAACCGUAGAUCACCUACAACUAUGUGAUCCGGCUUGUAAUGUUACGAAUAAAGAAUAUUGUCGUGAAAGUGAUAUACCGAAUCUAUACACUUGUGAAUGUCGACCAGGAUAUGUACGACGACCAUCGGAUAAUCUUUGCCAAGAAAUCAAAAAUUAUUUGGUCACUGUACGCGUGUCGAAAACUGCUGAAUCUGAGGUGGCAUCGGCCACAUCAACAUCGGAUGGUGAACUACAAAAAUAUGCUCGAGUUGCUCGAAGACAAGUUGGCAAAGCAGAUGGCAUUGCCGGCAUACAAGUAUUAUCGGUUGAACAUACAACUCGUUCAAAAGGUGCAUUGGUUAAUCUAACCAUACAGAUCAAUCAUAAAAGUAAUAAUAAUGUACAUGAUGAAUUGGCGAAAAAAUUGGAACCACUUGGACGUGUAGAAAAGGUUAUAGAUUUUGAUGAAUGUUCAUCAUCCAUCCAUAACGAUUGUUCGCCGAGAGCUCGUUGCAUCAAUGAACCUGGCACUUAUAAUUGUCAAUGUCUCGAGCCAUUCAUCGAUCUUGAUCGUUCAAUGCCUGGUCGUUUGUGUGUGACCGAAAUUAAAUCAUGUGAUUAUUGUUAUGGUCGUGGUGAUUGUUGGCGAAACAAUUCCGAUACCGUUUGCCGUUGUCAUCCAAUGUUCAUCGGAAGACGAUGCGAGAUCAAUGGUUUGUUGCUGGCAAUAUUGGUACCAAUCGUAGCUAUUUUGGUCAUCAUCGCCAUAAUUUGUUUUUUCUAUUGUUCAAGAAAAUUACGACAAAGAAAUCGUCGCUUCAAAAAUCUAACAGCAUAUGGCCCGGUAGCCGUAAUUGGUGGUACACUUGAUCGUAAAGCAAUGUUAGAAACAUCAAGCGAAAGUAGUGAUCCACAACAACAACAACAUCAACAUCAACAUCAUCAUCAUCAUCUUCGAUCACAAUAUAUGAGCGAAUCAAAUCCAGCAUCGGCAAGAGGAUCGAUGGCACGUCGUGGAAAUAACAGCAACAACAAUAAUAAUAAUAAUCAAACAUCAACAACAUUACGGCGUGAAAGUGAACCGAGUCUUGAUCGUAGUUUAGCAUCAUAUAGUGCAACUGGUUCGCAUUAUAAUUCAUUACCACAUCAGAUUGUGAUUCCACGAGCGAGACCUACAUAUGCAUUACAUCCGGGACAGGUUUAUAUGUGGUGAUAAUAAUGAUAAUGAUAAUAAUACUUACCUGAUGGAUAUCAAUUAUUUCUUGAUCGACAUUUUUUUCAUUCAUUCAUUCGAACCAUUAAAUUAUUUUAAUUAUUUU